AUGAAAUGACCAACGAUUUGCCUCUCUCAGUGUUUGGUUGUAAGAUUAUAUUGUCAGAAGGAGUUAAAGAUAAAUCCGUUUUUGUGAUAGAAUCGCAUGGUGGCACUAAACAACCAGAAAUACGCAUCACAGCAGUUCACCAUCUAGAGGUCUGUGAGACGCCUCUGAAGCAUUCAGCAGAGCAGACUAUUAUCCUCCGGACGUGAUUUUGUUCCUGACGAUUUCCUCGUUUAUACUAACCGAACGCAUUGUAAGACGGGGGUCUUUUCUUCAUUAAUGGAUAUGUAAAUAGUGUAGAUAACUUGGUAUUUACUGGAUUUAAUCAUUGACACCAGACAAUGGAACAAAGCGGACGGGACUCCCGGCGACAAGGAAGCAAAUGGGUGGCCCUGGUGCUGGCUUUCAGUUUGAUUUUCGGCAAAGCAUGGGGACAGAUACGAUAUUCCAUAUCAGAAGAGAUCAAAGAAGGGACUGCUGUUGGAAAUAUUGCAAAGGAUCUGGGAAUAGAUCCAGUUAUAUUAAAAUCAAGGGGAUUCCGUAUCGUUUCUGGCGCCACUGAAUCGCUUUUCCAGGUAAACCAAAAUGAUGGGAUUUUAUACGUAAAUCGUAAUAUUGACCGAGAGGAAAUAUGCCAGCGGACCAGCGUGUGUUUGAUGAACCUCAAAACCGUGCUAGAGAACCCACUGGAGAUCCACUAUGUUGCAGUGGAAGUGUUAGACGUAAAUGACCAUUCGCCCUCCUUCCCGGAAGACAACAAAAGGCUGGAGAUUUCAGAGUCUACUCUACCGGGAACCAGAUUUCAGUUGCAUGCUGCUCUUGAUCCAGAUGGAGGUGUGAAUUCCGUUCAACAGUACAAACUAAGUCCUAAUAAUCAUUUUCGGCUGGAAGUGAAGGAUAGCGGCAAAGAUGGCAAAGUGCCUAUUUUACAGUUACAAAGCCCGUUAGACAGAGAGGCCUCUAGCAUCCAUAAACUACUGCUGACUGCCCUGGAUGGAGGUAAACCUCCGAAAUCAGGGACCAUGGAGAUAUUCAUAAAUGUUCUAGAUGUGAACGAUAACGUGCCAGUAUUUACAAACGAUGUCUAUUCUGCAGAAAUAAAUGAAAAUUCACCAAUUGGAACAAUAGUCAUACGAGUAAAUGCCACCGAUAUGGACGACGCGUUAAAUGGAGAUGUUAGCUAUUCUUUUGGUAAUGUGAAUAGUAAGGUGCGUGAACUGUUUAAUGUUGACCCGAGCACAGGUGAAAUAAGUCUGAAAGGACAAUUAGAUUAUGAAAUGGACGACAGUUAUGAGAUACAUAUUCAAGCUUCUGACAGCGGUGCUGUUCCCUUCAGAACGGAAAAAAGCGUUACCGUAAAUAUUAAAGACAUAAAUGAUAAUGCACCUAUUAUAGAGGUAACAUCGCUUUCUGAAACAAUUUCAGAGGGUUCCAGACCAGGAACCACAGUAGCACUUCUUAGCAUUACCGAUUCAGACUCUGGGGUGAACGGGAAAGUUAUCAGCUUUGUAAAAGGCGACGUCCCGUUCACACUAACGCCAUCUAUACAGGACAACAUGUACGCUGUCGUGACAAAGUCACAGCUUGACAGAGAAAACAAAUCGAUCUAUGAUGUAACAAUAGUGGCGAAAGAUGCAGGUGAACCAGCCUUAACAUCUGAAAAGACAUUAAGAGUUGUUGUAUCAGACGUAAACGAUAACAGCCCAGGGUUUUCAAUGAGCCGAUAUGAUUUUUAUGUCACUGAAAAUAACCCAACAGGAGGGUCAGUGUUUUCUUUAAUCGCGUCUGAUCGUGACGAGGGAGAUAAUGCUCUAAUUUCCUAUCAUAUUCUCAGAGAUGCAGGAAAUAAAGUGACAUCAUUUCUUAACAUCAACUCUGAAAAUGGAGAUAUUUUGGCUCUAAAAAGUUUUGACUUUGAGACUCUGAAAACGUUCCAGUUCCAAGUUGUUGCCACAGAUUCUGGAACUCCGUCACUAAGCAGCAACGUCACAGUGAACGUGUUCAUUCUGGAUCAGAACGACAACGCUCCAGUCAUCCUGUAUCCAGUCAGCUCUAACGGUUCUGCUGAAGGUGUGGAGGAGAUUCCCCGCAAUGUGAACGCAGGACACUUGGUGACUAAAGUCAGAGCCUAUGACGCUGAUAUAGGAUAUAACGGCUGGUUAAUGUUUUCACUGCAGGAAGUUACUGACCACAGUCUCUUUGGUUUGGACCGCUAUACAGGACAGAUCAGAACACUUCGCUCAUUCACAGAGACAGACGAGGCUGAGCAUAAACUGGUCAUACUGGUGAAAGACAAUGGAAACGUCUCACUCUCAGCAACAGCUACUGUGAUUGUCAAAGUUGUGGAGCCCAAAGAGGCUUUUGCUGCUUCUGAUGUUAAAAGUGCAACUAAAGUUGACGAGGAGGACAAUGUGACAUUUUACCUGAUCAUAACCCUGGGAUCAGUUUCUGUACUUUUUCUCAUCAGUAUCAUCGUGCUGAUUGCAAUGCAGUGCUCUAAAUCCACAGACUAUACUUCUAAAUAUCUACAAGAGCCUAAUUACGAUGGGACACUGUGUCACAGCAUCCAGUACAGAUCUGGAGACAAACGGUACAUGUUAGUUGGACCCAGAAUGAGUAUAGGAUCUACUAUAGUCCCAGGCAGCCAUGCGAACACACUAGUGCUCCCUGACAGGAGGUCUGCGACU